GGCAUCAAAGGCGAGCGAGGCUACGUGGGGCCCCCUGGGGAGAAAGGGGAACUGGGACCCCCUGGCUUGGACGGCCUCCCCGGUCCCACAGGGCCAGCGGGACCAAGAGGUGAGCGUGGGCUCCCAGGCAGCACCGGCGAGAAGGGGGACCAGGGUUUCCAGGGUCAGCCCGGUUUCCCGGGGCCACCGGGGCCCCCUGGCUUCCCAGGGAAGGUCGGUCCGACCGGGCCACCGGGACCAGCGGCUGAGAAGGGCAGUGAGGGCAUGCGUGGCCCCACGGGGAUGCCAGGACCCCCUGGACCCCCUGGACCCCCAGGCAUCCAGGGCCCCGCUGGCUUGGAAGGACUGGACGGCAAGGACGGCAAGCCAGGGCUGCGGGGUGACCCUGGCCCCCCCGGGCCACCAGGGAUGAUGGGUCCUCCGGGCUUCAAGGGGAAGACGGGGCACCCAGGUCUCCCAGGACCGAAGGGUGACUGCGGCAAACCCGGCCCCCCGGGGAGCACGGGACGUCCGGGAGCAGAGGGUGACCCUGGACCCAUGGGACCCCAAGGCCGGCAGGGACCCCCAGGGCUCAUUGGCCCCCCUGGCAGCCCAGGGCAGCCGGGUCCCGCUGGCCUCGCCGGAGUGGGGCUGAAGGGUGAGCGGGGCUCUGUGGGGGAGCGAGGUCUGCCAGGGAUGCCAGGACAGCCGGGACCCCCAGGCCACCCAGGACCACCGGUGAGUACAGUGGGGCACAAGGGGGGGAGCAGGGACCAGACGGACCCGUCGGUAAAGAGCCCCCGGGGCCCCGGGGGGGAGGGGGGGCCCCCUGGCUCGCCGGGACCUGCGGGCAGCCCCGGGCUGCCAGGACCCCCAGGGAUGAUGGGAGACGUGGUGAAUUACGACGAGAUCAAGAGGUUCAUCCGUCAGGAGCUGAGCAAGAUGUUUGACGAGCGGAUGGCGUACUACACCUCCCGGCUGCAGUUCCCCGUGGAGAUGGUGGCAUCUCCAGGGAGACCCGGUCCCCCAGGGAAGGAUGGGCUGCCUGGCCGGCCGGGACCCCCCGGCUCCCCAGGGAUGCCAGGGCAGAUCGGCAGAGAGGGACGGCAGGGUGUGCCGGGCAUGCGGGGUGAGCCAGGCGCCAAAGGAGAGAAAGGAGAGAAAGGCGUGGGGCUGAUGGGGGACAGCGGCCCCCCGGGACCCCCAGGUCCCCAAGGGCCACCAGGCUACGGGAAGAUGGGCCCCCCAGGCCCCGUGGGACAGCAGGGCAUCCCCGGCAUCCCCGGCCCCCCAGGGGCCACGGGGCAGCCGGGCAAGACGGGGCACUGCAGCCCAGCAGACUGCAUGGGUGCCAUGCCCCUGGAGCAGCCCCUCUUCCAGCCCAAAAACGUGAAGGGUCCUUUUGGCUGA